UCCAGCUGCUGCAGAUACGAAGAAAACGCCGGGCUACGCGGUGCUCAAAUACCGGAGACACGGUGCGCUAUCGAAAAUAUUAAAGAUCAUCCUAAUAUAAAAACAAAAAUGCUCGUUAAAAUGUUUGAAAAAUUGAAAUGAGCAAAAGUUUACUUAAAUUUUUUUCUUUUCGAAAAUAGUGUGUUGAAGAUGUGGCAAGUGCGAGUAUAGGCAAAUUAUUGAAAAUUAAAAAUAUAUAUUUGCUGACUAGUGUUUGUUGUUGCACAGUUGCUGUCACUAAUUAGUGUGAGAAAGUAUAGCAACCAAAAGGUGCCGAAAAAGUUUUUUUCGUUCUAAGUGGCGAAAAAAGUGUUUAUUUUUAUUAGUGCGUCUAUUUCAAUAUUUAUGCCUGUGUUUCAUUUGUUUGUGUAUAAAAAAAAAAGUUGAACUCAUCUUUUUUGCGCAACUCGGAGCGGUGUUUCGUAUAAAUAUUUGAAUUAUUUGUUGAAAUUACUGUGCAUGUUGUUGUUUAUUUGAUGAUUAAUGACUGAAAAAGCGUGAAAUUGCACGGUAUUUCGGUGUUUUUUUGGAUAUCCUGAAAUUACCACCUAAAUCAACAACUCCGACAUAAGCCGAACGACAAAAUUAGGCACCAUGCACGAGCUUAACAUGAAAUCGAAAUAUGAGAAUAUGAAAAUCAUAUACAACCGCAGCAAAUUCGGCUGGUAUUGGGCGCCGUUGUUUAUAGCAUUUUGGUUUCUACUCUUCUACCUCACCGUCAUACCCAGCUAUCAUAGCUAUCCGGAACAGCUCAAAUUGGAGGAUGAAGCCACAAGUCCGGGUCGUUUUAUUGGCGAGAGCGCGGAGAGCAUGCUGCUGCGUCUCACCAAAAUCGGCCCGAAAGUUGUGGGUAGUGCGGCAAACGAACAAACCGCAGUGCAAUUUCUACUCACCGAAAUCAGUAAAAUAGUGAGAGAUGCGCGCACAGAUCUCUACGACAUAGAACACGAAGUACAGGUUACCUCCGGUAAUUAUGUCAUCUGGAAGAUGGUGAAUGUGUAUCAGAGCAUACAGAAUGUUGUAGUGAAAUUGACGCCGCGUGGCACAAAUAGCACAUCGAGUUUGCUGAUUAACAGUCAUUAUGACUCGGUGCCCGGUAGCUCCGGGGCCGGUGAUUCGGGCGCAAUGAUUGUCAUUAUGUUGGAGACUUUGCGUGUGAUUUCCAAAUAUGAGACACCGCUACAGCACUCGAUUGUGUUUCUAUUCAAUGGCGCCGAAGAAAAUCCAUUACAGGGAUCACAUGGGUUCAUUACGCAACACAAAUGGGCGCGCAAUGUCAAAGCUGUCAUAAACUUGGAUUCAGCAGGCUCUGGUGGUCGUGAAAUUUUAUUCCAGUCCGGUCCUGAUCAUCCAUGGUUGAUGAAGUAUUACGGUAGGCACAUAGAACAUCCGUAUGCUUCCACGAUCGGCGAAGAAUUGUUUCAAUUUGGAUUUGUACCUUCGGAGACUGAUUUCAGAAUAUUUAGAGAUUUCGGAAAUAUACCUGGCUUAGAUAUGGCUCACACGCUCAAUGGCUAUGUCUAUCAUACGAAAUAUGAUCGCUUUGGCUUGAUACCGCAAAGAACUUAUCAGCUCACCGGCGACAAUGUAUUGGCCUUGACCAAAGCGUUAUGUAAUGCACACGAAAUGGAAGAUCCUUCCGAACACGCAGAGGGACACACAAUCUUCUUCGAUGUGCUUGGCUGGUUUAUUGUCUACUAUUCGGAAACCACCGGCACCGUUGUAAAUAUUAUUGUUUGUGUCAUUGCCAUUAUCACUAUAUUGGCCUAUAUCUGGAAUAUGGCACACCAGACGGGCAUGUUCCGUCGUCGCGUCUUUAUCAAAUUCGGCAUUUUAUUGGGCAUACAAGUCGCUGCUGUGCUCUUGGCGAUUUUAGUUACGAUCACAAUUGCGAUAUUUAUGGACUCCGUCGGUUUAUCUAUGUCGUGGUUCUCACAGCCAUGGAUGCUUUUCGGUUUAUACUUUUGUCCGAUGUUCUUUAUGAUGGGCUUGCUGCCGGCGGUCUAUUUGAGUCGCACGAAAGAGCACGGUCUUCCCUUGGGCUAUGCCAUACAGCUCAUCAUGCAUGCCCAUUGUCUGAUACUAACGGUGGUUUGUAUAUUCUUGAUCUCUUUUGGCAUACGUUCGGCAUUUGCUUUGAUGCUUUGUAUCGCCUUCUAUGUGUUAUCGGUGAUCUUGAAUAUGAUCACUUGCUUUCACAAAACAACUUUCCUCUGGCUCAUACCACAUAUCGUCUGCCAAUUGUUGCCGUUCCUCUUUUACAGUUACUGCAGUUAUGCUUUCUAUGUCAUUUUCAUACCGAUGCAGGGUCGCGAUGGCGCCAAUAAAAAUCCAGAUAUUCUUAUUGGUGGCUUUACCAUGUUAAUUUCCUUAGUUAUGGCGCCAUUCUUGGUACCACUUUUAUGCCUCUUCCGCAAGUCAAAAACAAUUAUUUCCAUCUUCGGUGGCGUUUGUUUGGCUUUCAUAAUUCUGGCCGCCACCCCUGUGGGCUUUCCUUAUAAGGAGCGUGAAGCACCACAGCGUUUCUAUGUCGCUCACACAAUACGCACUUUCCAUAAUGCCGAUCCUGACAUGUCAGUGCGCUACAGCGAUGCCGGCUACUAUAUCGUGCCUGUUGAUCGUCAUCCACAUUCUGUGGAUUAUAUGUUUGAGCAUAUGAAUACAACAUCCAUCGAUAAACCGGUGAAUUGCGAGACUGAAAUAAUGUGCGGCUAUCCAAUAUAUAGUUCGCGUUGGCUGGGCUGGCGUGAGCAAAGCUUUUGGAUUGACGGCCCUGCUCCGAAAACCGGUGGUUGGCCGAGAUUGCGUAUUAUGCGCAAAGAUCGCAUCUCAAAUACGAAUCUGAUCAUUAGCUUGGAAGUUGCGGGUCCCGAUCAUAUGAGUAUUUUCAUAAAACCUAUGAAUGAUACCAAACUGAUUGAUUGGUCAUUGGAUCGUACGCCAAUUCAGGAGCAUUUCGAGGCACCGUACUUUAUAUAUUUGUCAUAUGCUUUGGAUCCGGCGCCGUUCCGUUUUCAUAUGGAGUUUGAGCAUAAUAGUCCAGAUUGGUCAGGCGCAACAUUGGACAUCGCCGUGAUAGGCCAUAAGAUACACGACGACAUUUCAAACACAGAUGAGUUUCGUGAGCUCGUCGCUGGAUUCCCAGCCUGGUCCACAGUGAGCGCUUGGACAAGUUCGUAUGACAGUUGGCGUAUCUAAGCAAUAGGAACCAAAUACUUCGCUUCAUGUUGACGAUUACGUUCGAACCCUGAACUGCUAUUAUUUACGGAUGCCAUAGCUUUAAAUUUAAACUAAUGACUUUUUGCAUAAAAUUUGUAUAUUCUUUAAGCCAACGCAAACCAACGAACAAAGUGCUUGAGUACAGCUUCUGAGACAUGAGUCUUUCCGCAGAACUUUACAGCACCACGAUAUUUAUUGACAUAAGAGAAACUCUUUUAAAGACUUUUUGUUACAUUUUUUAUAUUUUAUUUUAAUUUUGUAAAAAGAAAAACUAUUUAU